UGAUGAGCACCCACUGCCCUCUUCUGGCAGAGCUCCAACGGCUACAAUUUCUCUGUCUCUCUCUGUGUAUGUCUGUCUUUACCUUCCUCAACGCAUACAAAAGCCGCACCUUGGGAAAAUUGGGAGCAUUUGGGAGCAAUGUGAGCCGCCAUGGCGACAUUACCUCCACGAAAAAAUCCAACACCAACUAAAAUAUCAAAGGAGCAUUUAACCCCACUUCAGAUACUGCUGCAACUUGGAUUUCCGAAGCAUCGAGCAGAGAAGGCCCUAGCUGCGACAGGUCAUCGUGGUGUUCAGCUGGCCUCCGAUUGGCUCCUGGCGCACGUGCGGGACUCAAGCCUUGACGCAGAGGAGCCUCGAGAGUACAUCCUCUACCUCUGUCCCACUGGCCUUCUCGCGGAAAAGCUCGCGAAAUUCUGGGUCGAAUCACGAGACCUAGAAUGGAACAAAGCACACAACUACCUCCCGCACAUCACCCUAACCCGCUACUUCAAAGUCCCCGACGAGUCUGCCGAGCAGGUCUCCCACGUCUUAGACACCCUCCUCGAUCAGAGUGAGUGUCCUGAGUGCCUGGACUUUGACACAUACAUAUCCCCCAACUUUAUGGGCCUCUUCGUUGAGGACAAGCAGGCGAAAUGGCUGGAGUCAAUAGCUGUUCGUUUUGUCCACAAAUUAUCAGCCCUGGGGAUAUCUGCUGAGGCUCACACAAACUCUCUUCACAUAUCCCUGGCCUAUCAGUUCUCCAGCAGUCUCUUCCAGCCUCUUAGGUCGAUGGUGGAGAGAUUGGGGACAAUUACCACCAGCAAUUGGGAAUUACGACUUUAUUCCAGAGAUUCACGACUUCGAGACGCUCAUGUGCAUAAGGUGACUCAUGCCCACGUUCCCAAAGAACACGACGAACUAGAAUUGAGACCUGGUGACUACAUUUACCUCCCAGAAGGUGCCUGUAGUGCCUCCAUCGACGGUUGGGUGGAGGGGGUCUCGUGGUUAACAGGAACGUCCGGUUACCUCCCCUUGAAUUACACCGAAAGAACAGCGGAGACGGACGCCUGGACACAUCACACGACAGUGUCAAUCAAUGGAAGUAAUGAUCAUGACUUGGAGAUGGAUAUUCCAAGGAACAGAAAGCCCCCCGUUCUGUCCUCAUCCGAAUCCAUUGACACCCCUGAUGGAGUGGCUACAGACAGUGAACCCUUGGAGGGUCUGGUGCCUCCGUCAACCCCUUCACGACAGAUUUAUAUUUGCAGACAUGGGGAGAGGGUGGAUUUCACCUUCGGGGCGUGGAUACCGUACUGUUUUGAGGCUAAUGGGAGCUACAUAAGGAGAGACCUUAAUAUGCCUCAGGAGAUACCACCCAGAAAUAUUCAGGAAUUUCACAACGACAGCCCCCUAACAACCCUCGGUGAGAUGCAGGCAAGCCUAGUGGGUGAAGCCAUGAAGUCAUCAGCUGUGAAGAUCGAUGUAGCCUUCACUUCUCCUUCUUUACGAUGUGUUCAGACAUUGUCUAAAAUUCUCAAAGGCCUUGGAUCCAGUGUUCCAAUGAAGGUGGAGCCUGGACUGAUUGAGUGGUUGGCGUGGUAUCCCAAUGGCCUGCCGACCUGGAUGGAUAACGAGGGCUUGAGCAAAGCUGGCUUCAACGUAGACAGAAAUUACGAGGCCAUUGUUAAAGCUAAUCAACUCCCUCAGCGGGAAAAUGCUGCACAGUAUUACGAGAGAAGUUACGAGCUCAUCAAGAGGAUCAUCGAGAGCACAGUUGGAAAUAUUCUGAUUGUUGCUCAUGCAGCCUCUCUCGCUGCAUGUACCAGGCAACUCACUGGGGGGAGAAUCCCCUCGGCUGCAGAAGUGACAAGACUCGUCCAGAGAGUUCCAUAUCUAGCUUGUCUCACUGCUCAGGAGGAGAUCGAUGGCUGGCAGCUGCAUCCACCACCUUUUCCACCUAUUACACAUUCCAGUAAUAGUAGAUUCGAUUGGAAGAUAUUGAUAUAGACUUGAUGGUAAAUUUUUGAAAGUGUUCCAGGAGGUAUUAUUAGGAGAUUGAUUCAGUAGUGGAGUUUAAUGUGGGAAGUGCAGGAGGAAAAUGUCUAGGACCAGUUGGAGGAUUCUUUUGAUUCAUGACUUUUACUAGUGCUCGCAGUUGAAGGUCAAGUAAUGCUGAACUGUUCUGGUACUUCGCAAAAUCAUAAAAAUGAAAUCUGUGGCAUUUUCCUCUCUCCUAGUAAUUUAAAAAAUUUAAAAUUUAAACUUGGCUACUGAGUUACAAAGACUGCUGCGAUACAAUGAAUUUUAUAAAUGUUAUUACAGUGUAUAGUAUAUCAGAGGUGUUAUCUUACGUUAAUAAGGAAAGUAAUGUUCAUCGUCCGAUAAUUAUCUGGCUCUCAAAUGUUGAGGGCAAUAGGUGGUACCACGAUUAUCACGAUGUCUCCUUGUCAAUGGAUGUUCUAGAGGUUUAUUCGAUACUGAGGAGGUCGAUAUGAAUCAAGACAGGGAUAACAAUCAUAUUUAUUAUUAUUUAACUGGUGUCAUUUGUCGGCCGGGAGGUACAGUAUAUUUUUAUAAUUAAUUUAUUCAUUAUCUUGCAGUAAAAAAACAAUGAACAACGACCGUUUAAUAAAUUGCAUGUCUUCCAAUGUAAGAUCAAUUAUUUAGGAGUAUAAUAUAGCCUAUUGUUAUUAAAUUGUGAGGAAGAAUGUCAAUCUUAUUGAAGUUUUAAAUAAAGUAAAAUUUUUGAUCUGUUUCCAAUUACAAAUUUA